AUGGAGCCAUCAAAGGCAUUUGCGACAAAUAUCCCGGUUUCGGAACGACGUGACAUUCAGCGGCAAACGAUCUGCACGCAAGGGCACGAUGACGAGGAGCAGCAGCAGCAGCAGCAGCUCGACUCGCCUCCGCCGUAUGAGCCGUCUUCGACCGGCUCCACCUCUGCACCCGCGAAGCCUGGCACUACUGCUACCGACUUGACCCCGCCUUCUCCCUCUCGCCUUCCAGUCUUGGCCGAUCAGUUUGACGAGGUGGAUGAAGCGCGCAGCACCCGCAGUAGUUUCGAGGGAGACGAUGCGGCUCGACUUCUUGCGGGGAGGAAGAGUGCAUGUGGGGAGUAUACAGAGGGGUAUAAGCUCACGCCGCAGCUCGGGGUGCAGGGUAGCGACGGCGGGGGGUACGCAAAGACGCAGCCGAUGAGCGUUGGCGGCGGCGACGAUGAGGACAAGUGGGAGGCCCUGAGGGAUACGCCGGGUUGCUGUUUCAGUUUGGAGUUCAAGUACCCAUUAGGCUCCAAUGGAAGUCAGAUUGGCUGUGUUGCCUAA